UCCUUCGGACAAAAUCAGAGCCUCAAACAUCCAGUUUCCUCUUUAUUUUUGUCCUUCCUCUCUGAAAUUUCCAAAAACAAUUUCAGAAAAUUUCAACAAAAAAGAAAAAAAAAAGUUGAGAAGAAUGAGUAAAUUCUGGACUUUUCUCUCAGGUGUUCAUUCCCUCGCCGGGCCUGUGUUGAUGUUGCUGUAUCCGUUAUAUGCGUCGGUGGUAGCAAUAGAGAGUCCAUCAAAAGUAGACGACGAACAAUGGCUUGCUUAUUGGAUUCUGUAUUCAUUUCUCACUCUCACUGAGCUUAUCCUCCAAUCCCUUUUAGAAUGGAUACCGAUAUGGUACACGGCGAAACUAGUGUUCGUGACAUGGUUAGUCUUGCCACAAACAAGAGGAGCGGCUUUCAUAUACGAACGGUUCGUGAGGGAGCAAUUCAGGAGACACGGCAUUCUCCGAACCAAGCACGGCAACAAGACCAAGGAUGGACAUGGAGCUCACUGAGUCAAAAAGCGGGUUGGACACAAUACACUUGACUAUUGGUGGUGCUUUUCUUUCUUUCUUUCUGUUUUUAAAUAUGUUUUUUUUUUUGCUUUUGCUUUUUUUUUUAAAUCUUUCUCCUUUAUUUAAUAUUUAGGAAAAUGGGGUUGGUAUCACUAUGAAAUAUAUUUUUAGGGUUAACUUCUUGUUGAAGGAUGUUGGAACACUUUAUUAUGUGAUGUUUUAAAUAUUAUUGUAUUAUUAAAAUAUGUUGUUGAUGA